CUUGAAGGUAGACUACGAGUCCAUUGUUUGUAAAAAUGGAGGUCCCAAAGAAAAGAGGACGUGGACGACCAAGAAUUUCAGACGAGGAAAGGAAAGUUUCCCAGGCUAGAGCACGGGCGAGGUAUAGAGAAAGGGUCGAUGUUGAGCAAGACAGAAGAAGAAUUCGACUUCAUGUCAAAACUUUUCAACAAUGGAGGAAACUGAGGGAAAAGGCGACCGUAAACAGCGACGAUGGUUUUGCAAGGUUGUUAAUGAAAUGUUUCAGUGAUCAUGCAGACGAGUAUCGAGAUGAGAGUGUGCUUGCUCCUUUCCAAACACCCUUGUCCUUGGAAUUACUUGAUCAAAGAAAUGACCUCCUACACAGAGAACCUGUAAAACUACAAGUGGUACAAGUUUAUGAGGAGAAACCAAAAAGAAAGCGAGGUCGUCCACCUGGCAGACUCAAUUCCAGGAAGGUCCAGAGAACAGUACCCAUAGCACCUGCUGUCCAUUACCCUACAAGAUUAACUAGCGUUGCAUCACCUCAUAUACCUAGAGCCAUGCCAGAAAGUCCCCCUGGGAGGCUACCCAUACCGGAUGAAGACCUCUCUCAUCUCUCACCGUCUGUAAGAUCAGCACGGUUAGCAUUCUCCAGAGCCCUUGCACAAUCCUUCAAUGCCAUAACCUCGCCCGACCAGUCACAGUCAGUGAGGCGGAAUCUUCAAGACAUUGCCUCUAGUUCCGACGAAAGAAUACAGACUCCAAACGAUGGUGUUUACUUUCAGCCAUCCCAACCGGAGAGCUUAAUAGUUCCAUCUUGUAGACUAUCAAACUUCAGUCAAAUGUCGGUGAUCGGUAACGCACCUAUGGCCACUCUGCAGGAUGAUGGUGUGCUUGAACCGUCGGACAGGUUUUUACCGGUAGUUGGAGAAGGUGACCUUGAGACAGUGGUCUACCCACACACUCCAGAGAAGGGUUCUUAUCCACAUUCAUCUGUUCUGUAUGGGGAGGUGAUGCUCAAUGACGAGAGGGUCCAGACGAUACAGAAUCAACCAGAAUCACCCCCAUCAGAUAGCGAAGACCUGGGUGUGGAGAUGAACGAUAGUAGCCAUCUAGCAUCGGAACCAGAUGUGAAUCUCACACCAAGCGAAGGAUUCAGGGAAGGAUCCGUUAAAUUAGCCCAAAUUGGGAUGAAUGAUUCCAAAGGCGUUAAAGUUCCUGAUCCUGCCCGACGGUCUAGACUCGAUCAGAUAACGGGAGGACUCUUGAACAGACUGAAAAAGAGGGCCAUGACAGCCGAACCAACUCAAGAUUGACCUGAAGUUUUGACAUUGUUUUCAAGAUGGUCCAUGUUUAGGAUAUUUCUCCAUAGGGCUAGACCCAAUAAUGGGACUAUAAGAGGUCUUUGAAAAAUAUGGGCCAUGUCUGCAGAACCAACUGAAGGCUGAAUCGAACUUGUACUUGGCCUUGUUUUAAGGAGUAGCCCAACGUUAAGGAUCACCAUAUACUGUAGAGGUCUAGGUAGGACUAUAAGAGGUCUAAAAAGUGUGAGGCAUGACUGUAGCAGAACCGAUGCAAGUUGGAACUAAACUUGUACUUGCACUUGUUGUCUCACCUGCUGAGCAGAGUGAGACUGCGGCGGCGUCAACAUCAAAAUCUUAACCGAAGAUUAAGUUUUUUAAAUAACAGUAUAGCUUUAGAAAGUAUAAGGACCUAGUUCAUGAAACUUGGAUAUAAGGCUAAUCAAGUAUUACUGGGACAUCCUGCCAGAGUUUCAGGUCACAUGACCAAGGUCAAAGGUCAUUAAUGAACUAAGACCAUGCAAAACUAAACUUAACUUGCUCUCCCACUUUGCAAGGUGAUCAAGAUGUAGAAUCCAGACCCGAUGAGAUUUAAAGAGGUCUUAAGGACUAAAAACACUGGUCGGUCAGUGGUCUAGGACUAAUACAUGUAAAGUGUGAUCAAGAUGAAAAAUCUAGACUCGACGAGAUUAAAAGUGGUCUUGAUAACAGAGGACUAGAAAACUGGUUUGUCAGUUGUCCAGGACAUACAAAAAAUGUACUUUGUGUAAAAUAAAUUACUGGUGGAUUCUAGGUUAGACUCGAUGGAUCGUUACGGUAGCAUUUUCCCAAGUCGGAACCUUCAUCAUGCCUUUAUUUUAACAUUUUCUGUAAAGGAUCUACCGUACUGUAUUAGUCAAGGCCUGAUGUAGCUAUGGCCUGAACUUUGAUAUGGUCUAACCAAACAUUUCAUAAACUUACCUUGCCUUACAUUUCGUUUUACAUGUAUAUUAUUUAACUAGAUAUGUAAAAUGUAUGAAAUCAUGACCUACAGCUACAGUUUUCAUUUAUGUAUUGCAUUAUUCUAUCAUCCCAUUAUCCCAGAUGAUUGUUUAUGUAUAACUAGUGACUUGGUUUCUUUGACUAUUAAAAAGGGGACAUUGCCAAAAACUCCACUGCAAGUCUAAUGUUAGGUUCAAAUAUUAAUCAUUAUUUAUUAAUGUUGUGCUGCUUCCUCCAACAGGAAGUAGCCAUUUUACAUGCUUUAGUUCAAAUUUAUUAGUCGACUCAGAAUUGAUGAUUGAAACUUGCAAAUAAUUGCUAAUAGAUUUUUUACAAUUUCUUACUAAUUGAUAUAUAGAGUAUAGAAUAGUUGUGAGGCUACAAUUUUCCCAUUAAUGAGUUUGUUAAGUAUUCAUUGAUUCAAAUAGUAUUUGAUUAUUAUUCCGGGAUACAAAAAUGAAAUUGAUUUGGUAAAUUGUAUUUUUUUUAUUCUCUCUUCAGUCUCUCGGUAAUUGAAAGAUUUUUUUGGGGGAAAACGACCUUUUAACCAACAGUAAUGCCAUGCUUAUAUGAUAUUUAUGUUAAUAUGUUAAAUUAUGACCAAUUAUACACUAUCAACCAGAAUCACUUGCUGAUACAUGAUAUACUCAAUUCAUACUUCAAAACUUUUUAGUGGUCAUUUUAUUGUAUUUUGUUCAUACUUCAUACUAAUUUUGCAGGCCUGAAAUUUCCACAAGGAACGUUCCUCUAUUACAGCAUGAAUGGGGAAAAAUAAGAAAGGGCACAAAAGAUCCCUAGGGCCAGUAAGGGAGUAGCAAGACCAAGAUCACCAGGGAAUCCCAAGCCUUGGUCUUUGAUGAUGUUGGACUGCCCUUUUUUUAUAUUAUUGUCGAAUGCACUUCAUGGCAGUGAAGUCUUUUUCAAUAGUUUGAAAAGUGAGCAACAGUUUCGGCCGUGACUCUGGACAAACGACAUACAGUUGUAUUUUCAAAUUUGUUUCAGCACAGAAACUGCUGUUCUGGUUCACUAGUUUUCAACAAAGACCUCCCAGCUGUUUAUUGUUCUUUGAUGGGUAUUUUCAAUUUGCUCUGUUCUUGUGCCCGCCCCCAUUGCAGUUGCAAAAGUCUCUUCGACCACAAAUGUAACCUGAGGUUAACCUUGACCACUCUUUAAUAGAAAGCCAUUUGUCAACUCAUCAGUACCAAUUAUUAUGAUUCUGGAGUGAAAAGUGUCAAAAUAAAGUACAAGAUAUUUCCCCCUUCAUAUAUUCCAGCUCUCUGCAUUAGAAAGUGACAAUGUGAUAACUCAAAUAAUCGUAUACACAUUCAUCAUUAUUUGUUUCUCUGUAUACUCCUGAAUAUUUCCUUCCUUGCCAGGUUUUUCUUGUAUCAUGAAGUUUUGAAAAUGUUUUUAAUGUCAUGAAUGAAUUUAUGCCAGUAUCUUAUAAUAAGAGAUAAUCAGUAAAACUUCUUAUGUAGAAAGGA